CCCGGAGCAGGCUGCGCACCGCCCAGGCAGAGCCGGUGCGUCGGGACUCGGGCUGGGGAGCGCAGACCAGCCAUGGCGACCACCAACGGGGCUGUGGAGAACGGACAGCCGGAUGGGAAACCGCCUGCCCUGCCGCGCCCCAUCCGCAACUUGGAGGUGAAGUUCACCAAGAUAUUUAUCAACAACGAUUGGCACGGAUCCAAGAGCGGAAAAAAGUUUGCCACAUACAACCCUUCGACUCUGGAGAAAAUCUGUGAGGUGGAAGAAGGCGAUAAGCCCGAUGUGGACAAGGCCGUGGAGGCCGCACAAGCCGCCUUCCAGCGGGGUUCCCCAUGGCGCCAGCUGGAUGCGCUGAGGCGAGGCCAGCUGCUGCACCAGCUGGCUGAUCUUGUGGAAAGGGAUCGUGCCAUCCUGGCCACCCUGGAGACCAUGGACACCGGCAAGCCAUUCCUUCACGCCUUUUUCAUGGACCUGGAGGGCUGUAUUAAGACCUUCAGAUAUUUUGCCGGGUGGGCAGACAAAAUCCAGGGCAGGACCAUCCCCACAGAUAACAAUGUUGUGUGCUUUACCAGGCACGAGCCCAUUGGGGUGUGUGGAGCCAUUACGCCGUGGAACUUCCCCCUGCUGAUGCUGGCCUGGAAACUGGCUCCUGCCCUGUGCUGCGGAAACACUGUGGUCCUGAAGCCAGCUGAGCAGACACCGCUCACCGCCCUGUACCUUGGCUCUCUCAUCAAAGAGGUCGGGUUCCCUCCGGGUGUGGUGAACAUCGUGCCAGGCUUUGGGCCCACAGUGGGAGCAGCAAUCUCCUCUCAUCCACAGAUCAACAAGAUAGCCUUCACAGGGUCCACAGAGGUUGGAAAGCUGGUUAAAGAAGCUGCCUCCCGGAGCAACCUGAAGCGGGUCACGCUGGAGCUGGGGGGCAAGAACCCAUGCAUCGUGUGCGCCGACGCUGACCUGGACUUGGCCGUGGAGUGUGCUCACCAGGGAGUGUUCUUCAACCAAGGCCAGUGCUGCACGGCGGCCUCCAGGGUGUUCGUGGAAGAGCAGAUCUACGGAGAGUUUGUGAGGAGGAGUGUGGAGUAUGCCAAGAAGAGGCCAGUGGGAGACCCCUUCGAUGCCAAAACAGAGCAGGGGCCCCAGAUUGAUCAAAAGCAGUUUGACAAAAUCCUCGAGCUGAUCGAGAGCGGAAAGAAAGAAGGGGCCAAGCUAGAAUGUGGGGGGUCAGCCAUGGAGGACAGAGGGCUGUUCAUCAAACCCACUGUCUUCUCAGAUGUUACGGACAACAUGAGGAUUGCCAAAGAGGAGAUUUUUGGACCAGUGCAGCCAAUACUGAAGUUCAAAAAUCUCGAAGAAGUGAUCAAAAGAGCAAACAGCACUGACUACGGACUCACGGCGGCAGUGUUCACCAAAAACCUCGACAAAGCCCUGAAGCUGGCUUCGGCGCUGGAGUCGGGCACCGUCUGGGUCAACUGCUACAAUGCGUUCUACACACAGGCUCCCUUCGGUGGCUUCAAGAUGUCUGGAAAUGGCAGAGAGCUAGGUGAAUACGCUCUGGCGGAGUAUACAGAAGUGAAGACCGUCACCAUCAAACUCGAUGACAAGAACCCCUGAAGGACAGACCGGUCUCUUCCUCAAAAGCCGGACAGCUGUCCUUGGCGACUCCAACCUGCCACAAGCAGAAAACAGGAUGACAGUGCUCAUCUUCCCAGGACCUUCUCUUCGGGACACUCGGUCUACUAGAGCUUAAUGGUUUUGAUUUUCCCUCUCACGCUCAUGCUUUACGGACCAAACUGUGGGCGGCUGGCUGUUAUGUGUGAAGCUGCAGGCCUGCCUGGGGGAGAAACUGGUGUCCAGCUACCAUUGCUUUAGACUCCGUGCGGGACACAGCAAAGACACCCAGGGCUCUGUUGAUAUGAGACGGUCUCUGGAGUGUCCCGCGGUUAUUUUAAAUGCUUUGCUGCCCCCAGGAGGAAUGUGGAAAGAGCUCGUAGCAUGGGCUGCAAGCAGAUCUGCUCUCACGGGCUCCUCAGAGUCACCGGUGCACAGAACAAGUCCCUCCUCGCUCUGAGUGGGACUAUUCACAAGCAAAGGAUUAGCGUUAGUAUGAAAGGAGGAUUUCAGGGACCCCGUGUGGGGAGCUUAGGGGGAACACACUCCAAGGGAAGGCUCCAGAAGUCUUUGGUCUGUGGGAGUGCCAGUCCCGAGGACUGCAUAUUGACACUGACCGUGGGAUUCACCUAGAAAACCUUUGGAACGACCGAAUCAACAUCCCAAAGAGUUUGCCUUACAGUUAUGAGAUGGUCAGUCAAAACCAAGGCCCUUCUCAGGCAGAGAACAUCCUUAGUGUCACCUUUGCCCCUGACGACUCAUUUUAGAACUGCCACAGCAGAGCAAACCCUCGGCGGACUGAGCCGCACACUUGACACUCGGAGCCCUUGUUCACUUUUACAGAUCGCCCGUCUCUACCACCUUUGGUAAUGGGUGCGCCCACUUCCUUUUUCUUCUCCCCAGCUCCGUUACCCGUUUUAGAUGAGUAAAGGGCACGCCACUGAGAGACAGCUGCACUGCUUAGCUCCGUACUUGUAAAGUCCGUUGGGGCUUUCAUUUCUGAUUGAUUAACUAAUAACACCCAGAUUCCAUAAGGGGACCCGGUCACCAGCCAAGUGACCUGGAUAUUUCAUUCACAUUAUGACAUUUUUCUUUUCCUCUUCAGUGUAUCCAUGUGAUAUGCAAAGUCCACAUUUGAACUUGGAAAACUAAAACCGUUCCCACAAUAGAACGGAACCAAACCCACUGGGUUGAAUGCUAUUUGGGCCCUUUUACUCUUAGUCACAUGCACUUCUCUAAGGGGCUGUGAUGCUUACACUGAAGGAUUAAAGUUGAACUGAGCAACAGUGAGGACGAAGCCUCAUCAGAACCAGUGUGUGCAUAAAGGAUAGGAUGCGUGAUCUGGGGCUCUCAGCCCUGUGAGGGACGAGCAAUAUUCCACUCACCUUCUUUCUCCCCCUCAGCACUUACACUACCAGGAACUUGUUAAAUCGGGAUUUGGCCUCAUACACUGAAUUUCCAGCAUCUCAGUAACUCCAGGUACCACCCUUCACCAUAGUACAUUAGAGGGUUGCUAUUCCUCCAUUGUACAAUAAUGCCUUUAAUAUGAAAUGUUACAUUAUUUAUAAUUGGUAUCAUUAAUGUAUCUUUUUAUAGCUGUAAGUACAGAGAGGUAGUAUAUUUAACCUUCUGUAAUAUACUGUAUUUAGAAAUGAAAGUCUAUAUAAUGUUAGAUCUCACAUCUUUAAGGUUUACCCCUGUGGUAUGGUUUUUCAAUUGAUUGGACUGGGAAUUCUGAUCCUAACUUUGGAUUGUGUUCAGCAAUGGUAAAAUAAAAUCGGACAUUUGAGAAACA